GGCGGGCUGUGAGGGGCGGCGGGGGCGGCCCCGCCGUGCCCGUCAUGGCGUGGAGGCCGCUCCGGGCGCUGCGCCGCCGCUGGGCAGCCUACAAGUACCGCUUCGUGCCCUGGCUCGCCCUCAACCUCCGCCGCCAGCGGAGGACCCUCCGAUAUGUUCCUGAAAGUUCUCAAGACAAAAUUAUCUCUGAUGAAGAUGUCUAUGAAACACUACUGAAAACAUUUAAAGCUCUGUUCCUAAAUGACUUCAGUAGACAAGCAGAUAUUUUGGCCUUACUUCCAGAAGUCAAAUGUCAGUAUCUGGAAUUACUGACUUUGGAGCAGAAGUGGUCAAAAGUAACUUCAUGUAACCAUGGAAGUCAGCAGGUGUUUAGUCCUGAGGAAGUUCUGUUAAACACACUGGGAUUCACUGUUAGUAGAGACCGGAGUUCCCUCGUGUCUGCUGGGACUGGAGUCUUUGUUACCAAAGGUUUUGUGCCAAAAGGGACGGUUGUGUCAAUGUAUCCUGGUACAGUAUACAGAAAACAUGAGCCCAUCUUUUUCCAGUCCCUUGGCAAUCCCUUUAUUUUUAGGUGCAUUGAUGGCAUCCUUAUUGAUGGGAAUGAUAAAGGACUAUCAAGAUCAGUAUACAGGUCUUGCAGGAGGAGAGAUCAACUUGGCCCAUUUCAGAUGAGUGAUGAGAGCUGGCUCACUGCUUCCCCGCAAAACCCACUGGCAGUGGGACAGUAUGUCAACAACUGCUCACGUGAAAAAGCAGCAAAUGUGUGCUAUCAAGAGUUUGAUGUUCCAGGACAUUUUCCACUAGAACUGAAACAGUACCUUCCAAACAUCGUCUACAACCACAACAUAGAGAGCCACCUGAGGUGUGUAGUUCUUGUCACUCUCAGAGACAUCCAGCAAGGAGAAGAACUUUUCUCAAAUUACUACACUAUUGUCAGAUGAAUUGAUUCAAGACUGAGGAAAUCUGUGUCAAUAAAAUAUCUACUGUGUCUGUA